ACAGAGAGGUAGAGAGACAUAGGGAGAGAGAGAGGUAGAGAGACAUAGAGGGAGAGAGAGGGGUAGAGAGACAUAGAGGGAGAGAGAGAGGUAGAGAGACAUAGAGGGAGAGAGAGAGGUAGAGAGACAUAGGGAGAGAGAGGGGUAGAGAGACAUAGAGGGAGAGAGAGGGGUAGAGAGACAUAGAGGGAGAGAGAGAGGUAGAGAGACAUAGAGGGAGAGAGAGAGGUAGAGAGACAUAGGGAGAGAGAGGGGUAGAGAGACAUAGGGAGAGAGAGGGGUAGAGAGACAUAGGGAGAGCGGGGCCAGAUGAAGUAGUGGUCGGCUGCAGCAGCAGAGGGAGCGCAGUCACAGGGAGGUUUUUUUUUUUAAAUGUGCUUUUAAUGGUUCUCGGAUCAUAAACGCACGAGGACUUGAUAAAGAUGCACCUACUGGGAAUAUCUCUUUUACUGGCGUAUCUCCUCUACAGCAACCUCGCCAGCGACCUCAACGACCACGAUGAUGAGUACGAGCCGGAGCAGAGCCACGCGCCGGACUCUUCACCAAAGCCAGACAUGGAGGAGAAGUUGCGGUCAGCCUCCAGUGUUGAUGAACUGAUGAGUCUUAUUUAUCCGUCAUACUGGGCCGCUCUGAAGUGCAGAUCCAAACUGUCGGCUGCCCCUCCAACAUUCAAGCUCCAGCCCCGCCGGCUGCGGCCGCUGGCUGAUACCGAAGAGCCAAUAUUUGCUGCUGCCUACCUCAACUUGGAUGUCCUGAAAAGUAUAGAGUCGGAGUGGAGGAAGACUCAGUGCAUGCCCAGGGAAGUGUGUGUCGACGUGGGCAGGGAGUUCGGGGCUGCCACCAACAUCUUCUAUAAACCACCCUGUGUGUCCGUCUACAGAUGUGGGGGAUGCUGCCACUCUGAAGACAAACAAUGCAGGAAUAUCUCCACUGGUUACCUCAGCAAAACUCUGUUUGAGAUCACAGUGCCGAUCACCCAGGGCACCAAGCCGGUGACCAUCAGUGUGGCUAACCACACGCAGUGCAGCUGUCUGUCCAAACUGGACGUCUACAAACAAGUUCACAGCAUCAUCAGGAGAUCCCUGCCUGAGUGUCCAAUAGCCAACAGGACGUGUCCUCCUGGUCAGUCAUGGAGCAGCAGGCAGUGUCGGUGUGUCGGCCUGAGCGCCAAUGUUCACCACAACCCCCCUCCUCCACCACUGCCCCCUCCAAGGCCCUCCCAACAGCACCUUGACACAUUCUCAGCGGAUGUUUGUGGCGUAGAUAAGGAGCUGGACGUGGAGACCUGUCAGUGUGCCUGUCGGCGUGGGGAUCAAACCCAAGACUGCGGCCCCAAACGACACCUCGACCGCAACACCUGUCAGUGCGUCUGCAAUAUCCCGCCUGCUCCCUCCUGCCCUCAGAACCACUUCUUCAACAAGGACACCUGCCAGUGCACAUGUAGCAGGACGUGUCCACGCCAGCAGCCCCUCAAUAAAACAAAGUGUUCCUGCGAAUGUAACGAGUCGCCCAACAAGUGCUUCCUGAAGGGAAGGAGGUUUCACCAAGCCACAUGCAGUUGUCUCAGGCCUCCCUGCGAGGUAAGGAGGCGACGGUGUGAAGCAGGUUUCUCCUUCAGCGAGGAAGUGUGUCGCUGCGUACCGUCCCACUGGAGACGACUGGACUAACUGCGGGCCAAUAACAUGCUAAUCAGAUGCUAACGAGCAGAUAACAAACUUAAUGAGUAGAAUUCAUUACCCAUCCUGGUGCUGGUCAUGAGCAUCCCCGUCAGCUGUGAUGGCAGCUAAGUGUGCGGACCCUGAUGAACGUGGGGAAACCUUAGUGACUGGAGUGCAGACAUGGGAAGCUCUGGUGAAAGUGGGAAAUGCACUGACUCUUUAACGGGACUUUUUAACGGUAGAGCGGCUGAUCGGAUCCCAGAAAAGGAUGAAAGGAAGGACUAUAAGAGAGAGAGAGUCAACACACGACACUUGUUUUAAAAUACUGUCUAAAUAUUUUUUUAUAUAUAUUUGGGGGUUUUGUAUUAAUUAUGUCUCAGUAUUCUUAUGUCAGAUAUUGAUUAUAUAAUUUAUUAAAUGUUGUUUUUCAACCUCUGUUUAUUGCAAUUUCAAUCUUUUUCCAUGAAAAUACACUGUGAUCAUUAUUUUUGUAUCAUACAUAGUAUAUGUGUAAAAUAAAGUAUACUGGAUGAUG